GCGAAUUACUGAAGUACUACAAAAAAGACAUGAUUGCUCCUGGGUGACGCGCUCCUCGCAAGUCGGCGGGGUCCUCCGAUUUGCUCCUCCUAUAUCAUUUUCGCGGCACUCCAGUAGCAGUUCGGGAAGAGUAAAAGUCCUUGUAAAUGUCCUCAAUUUAUUUUAUUUUUGGACCCUGUUGAUUUGCGUUGAUCUUGAUCUAACAUAAAAAAUCCACCGCUCUUACGCCACUCCGGGUCCCGACGUCGGAACGAGAUUUUGUUUCUCCCGUAGUUGCUCCCGACCUAACAAAUCGGACAACCAUACUAGACUUUCGCACGCUGACGGUACCGCUCGUCUGCGACCUGAACGAUUCGACGAAGAGUCCUCUCAGGGACCCCUGUACUAGCUCUGUAUGCCAGAAACUACGGAGGAGCAGGAGCGGCUGCUGUCGCCGAUGGAGCCAGCUACAACUCAGGCGAGGGGUGGUUUUUCACCCACACAGAACAUCAUGAAAGAAAACACCACAACCAGUACAGCGACAUCUUCUUUUGCUGGACUACAGACGACUUCCAGUACAACGAAUAGCACGGCUUCUUAUUAUAACACUGCAACGUCGAAGCUCCGGAUGUUGAAUAAUGGCUCAACCAAGAUGCAGAUCCUCGGGGUGGAACCUCUCCUGAUUCAGAACCCGGACGGCAGCAUCGCCCGCAGCGUUCCGCCCGGAUACAAGGAGAAAUCGCCGAAAAAGAGCCCUUAUCCUUGAUGCAAAAGAAUCUUCGCACUCGACCUGGUCUAAAUUGCAGAAGACCUUCACUGCCUUCGGUUAAGUUGUACCUGAUUUUUCCGCAUGACAAAAGUUUUGCAUGUUUGCUUCUGGACAAAAAUUUGUCAUUUGAUUCAUGGUAGUGUGAUCAUGUUUUUGUAGUGUUGCACAGUCCGCGGAUCGGCUUCGCCAGCAACGGGCUGCUCUGGGGGGAGCUGGAGGAGGGAAAUUUGUCGGCCGAGCUGGAGCUGCUGUAUCAGCGGCACGAGAAAAUGUUCACAGCCCUCGUGGGGUUCGAACUUGUGGUGGAGAUGGGCUUAUCAACUGCAAAAAUGUCUGGGUCUGCAACAAAGCAACUUGUCAUUCUAAACCUGAAUCAUGUAAAAAUCUGUGUUGCAUGAUUACCAAAAGCUGUCCACUUUCGACCUAACCGAGAGGCAGUUUCUCAUGCAGGAUAGGCAUGAUAGAAGUCUCACAGAAUCUGUCAUGCUAUGUCCUACAUACCAGACAUCAUGGGUCAUGGAAAACCUGCAUGACAAACCUGGCAAUCUUCCAGACCCAGACACUUUUGCACUUAAUAGGGCUUCUUGGCGCUUUUUUGGUUCACGUGGGGGAGGACCGUGGAGGAGCUGGAAACGGUAGUUAAUCGGUUUAAAAUUGCAGUUGUGCAUGACAGAUCUGGUUUCUGCUCAAAUGAUUCAGCAUUACAAAUUCCAUACUCGUCGUCCCUUCAUAAACAGGUAUACGGCCGGUCCCGUCGUUCCGGCGUAGAAACCGCCUUGGCGGUUGCGUUCACCUUAUUGAGAGGAAAAAUCCCCUCUCCCCAUAUCAAAGCGAAACUUCUGAUGCUGGAUUUGUGUACACAAAUCCGAGCUGUCGUGCUGGAGAGCACUGCAGGCCCAUACCAAGUGUGAGUAGAGACAGAGGUCUUGGCCUAGGCACUUAGCAUGAAAAACGUCAGCACGGUAGGCCCAACACCAUGACAAACCGCCUGCACAAUGCGGCGGAGCCUGCGGAGUUGCCUUCUUGCAAGACAGACACGAUUUGCGGCCACAAAUCAGCAUCACAAACUUGCAAAAAAUACCUUUUCAGUAUGGAGAGGGGGGAUUUUUCCUUUUGAUACACCUGCCGCACUGUUUACGCAUCAAUCUACUACCUGCUCGCGGUCCACGCGUUAAAAGUGCGAAAAAGCGACGCGUUCAAACUGUUCGCGACGUUCAGCCUGUUGGGCGUGGUGUGCGAACUGUUUCUCACGUACAUCAACAAAUUCAACAUGGUGGUCUUUUUCUUACGGCUGUUGGCGUAUUUGUACUCGAAGUUUUUGCGUUCUGUGUCCCAACACCAGCGACUGCUUCGGGGAGACGACAGCGAGAGCAACGGGAGCAGUGGCGGGGAAGAGAGCGACGGGGCAGACGUUGUGUGACGAGCGAAGGCUCAUGAUGUGGGGACCGAAGGAGUGUAAUAGAGGUUUUAAAUUGAUGAUGGCUAAAUUUGUACAAUUUAGAAAUACUUUUUGCAGAGGUUCACCUGGAUUUGUAUUCGUUUUUUUGCCCCUAAGUUUGUAGUAGCGAUUCAUUGUCCUUCAUGUAUGUAAAAAUUUUCUCAGCUAUAUUAUCCUGUAUCAACAAGACAAGCACUAUAUAGUUUUCUGUACCGAACAAACCACACAGUACAGUCACGCCCUUGAUGACGUAACCUUGUUGUACGUACAAAUGUAAAAUUGCAGUGCGCGGCGGCACGAGUUCGCAAUUGUAUCUUGUUUCGGUUAAGCAAAAAUCGGAGGCGAGAGCUCGAUUGGUGGCACUGGUCUCCCCUGCGGAAACAAAAACCACUGUAGCUAGAAAUUCGCUGUUCAUCAGAAACAAGAAAACUUCGUGACAUUAAAUGCUCAGCCAGAUGCAGAGAAUGGCUACCAACUUAUUCUUGCUGAUAUAUCGGUCUUUUCAUGCAGAAACUUUCCCCAUUCGGUGCUAUCGUGAGUAUCUUGAGUAGGUAUAUAAGUACUUACACCUGCUUCUCGUUGACGGUAGUCGAUACAGACAAGAUACCAAAAAGACCUAUCGGUUUGUGAUCGUGCU